AAAAAAAAAAAAAUAGGGCAGAGGAAAAUUGAGGGUUUUAGCUUUACACACCAUUUCUCUUUCACAUUCUUAGCUCCGAAAUGAAUUCUCUGCGGCGAGCGUUGCGAUUGUUCGCUGCGCCCGCGGAUUCAACGGCUCUGAUCCUUCGAUCAUACUCCUCCUCCUCCACUACUCGCCGGCGAUCCAAAUCCAUCCCUCCGCCGCCUACUGACACCGCUGAGAUUCCAAGGCCGAAGGAGAUCCCGUUCCAGCCGAAGGUAGCGAAUGCCGUGAACCUAAUCGGUCAGGUUCGGAUGCCGGUUCAGUUCCAAACCUUUCCCGACGGCAGAACCUACGCCGCCACCGUUAUCACUCGCCAAGAGUCACACUCUUCUCCUUUCCUUUGGAUUCCAGUUAUAUUUGAGGGUGAUUUAGCUCAUUCUGCGGCUUGCCAUCUCAAGGAAGACGAUUUCAUAUAUGUAGCUGGUCAACUCACUGCUGAUCCGCCGCGUUUAGGUGAAAACCAAACUCAAAGUAAUAGCAAUAUUCAGGUUGUUGUACAAAGCCUCAACUUUGUCCAAGGAUAUCCUCAACUGGAGAAAAUAUCUGCAACUUCAAAGCAAGAAUGUACAGCAAGUGAGGAGCAUGUCAUAGACAACACUUGGAACGAUCUCCUUUCUAACCCUUUUGAAUGGUGGGAUGUCCGAUAUCUAAAGGAGAAUCCAAAGGGGGCAGCUUUUGAAAGAAAAACGGAUGGGGAGUUACUCUUUAUUAAUAGUUCAACUCCCAAAUGGCUGCAAGAUAAACUGGAUUCCAUGUCAAUUGAUUUGAAACCUGAAUUGAAGCACUCAACAAAUGAUUUAAAGAAAGUUAGAGACUCUUCACUUGCUCCUUGGACUGAUCUUUUGGAUGACCCAAAGCAGUGGAAUGAUUACCGUGACAGCAAACGUGAUGGGCAGGUGAAUCCUAGGUUCCCUGACUUCAAACGCAAGGAUGGAAAUGGUGCCCUAUGGCUUAACAACGCUCCAAAGUGGGUUUUAUCUAGACUCGAAGAACUGAAAUUUGAUGUUCCAGCUGUAAAAUCAAAACAAGCAAAGGACUCUAAAGGUGAUGAGCCCUGGAAUGAUUUGGUCAAUAACCCUACUAAAUGGUGGGAUAACAGAAUAGAUAAGAGGAAUCCAAAAGCUCCUGACUUUAAGCACAAAGAAACUGGUGAAGUGCUCUGGCUUAAUGAUUCUCCUAGUUGGGUGUUAUCAAAGUUGCCACCCGUGAAGCCAAAAGAAAGCGCAGAAUUUGGUAGGAAGAAAGUAGUUUCAUGAGCUUGGAAACAGAAACAGAGGAUGAGAUUCAUUCAACCUAGUUGUAUGUAAUUAAUUACUUUAUGCUUUUUUAAAGUUCCUGUUAUUCUGCUUCGCGUCGAAUGGUAAUUUUGAUGAGGCAGAUAUAUUUGUUGUUCUUAUUAUGUGCAAAAGCAAUUUUCAUCAGUUUUUUUUUAGACUUCUUUCUAUCCACUACUCUAUGCGAAUCAUGCCUCAAUUUAUCA